CAAUAAAUCCGCGGUUACACUGCCCAGAACGGUCAACAAGUGCUGGGUUUUUUCAAUUUUAAUAUUAAUUAAAUUCAAACGAAAGCUAAACGAACAACUAAGAACGUAUAUAAACUUGGCAUUGUUUAGCAUCAGACUUUCGGCUCCUACAGUGCGUGGGGAAAUAUUUAUUGCGACAUAAAUGCAGACACACACACAAGCACAUAUGCUAUGACAGAUGUUCGAUGUGCUUGAAUAAAAUACACAUAGACGACUCACGCACUCACUGGCUAUAAUAAGAAUCUCUGAAAAUAUUUUAAAAAUAAUCCCAAAGAAAGCAGGCGAGCAACGUCCACGACCAAUAAUGACAGCGGCAAAAAACGAGAAUCGUCUGUAAGCAGCAGAAAAAAGGGACAGAAACGAUACUUAAAAGAAAACGGGAACACACAGGCAGCGCAGCGCAGCGGAAAAUAAGCAAAACGACUACAGCAGAGCCAGAAUAGAUUCAAUUCGACCCGGCUGACGUGCAGCGUCAAGUGUUUCUUCUGACUGAUUCCAUCGCUUAUACAGACCCAAACUAUCUGCGACCUAAAUCUGAGAGACAGCAGCAGCAGACCUUUCCAUGGACGACGAACUGGAAGAUAAGGUGUUCUAUCAGACAUACGUUUCCCACAUGAAAAUCCUCUCGAAAUUUGCGGUGGGCUUCUCAUCCAUCAAUUCCCCACUGGCCUACAUAUGGAAGCUGUGCCGCCUUUAUGUCCUCCGACCGGAGGUAGUUUUCUGCGGCCUCAUUCUGUUCGUCUUGUUGAUCUAUUUGCAAGCGGUAGAUGUAUGGGGUCGCAGCAUUCUGGGACGCAUCCAGGCCUCGUUUGGUCGCCAGAAGGCCGCCAAAAUGAUGGAGAUGUCAGCCAUGGCAGGGGACCACCAGAGCUGGGAGGAAGUGAAGCAGCAAAGCUCAGCCUUUGCUGUGCUCGGACGCAGACCACGUAUGGAGGAUAGAUUUAUUCUUGAGGAGAACAUCAACAACAACACGGGCGUCUCCUUCUUUGCGGUCUUUGAUGGGCAUGGUGGCGAGUUCGCCGCUAAUUUUGCCAGAGAUGUACUCGUGAAGAACAUUUACAACAAGAUAAUUGAGAUGUCCAAGCUGCUGAAGACCGAGUCUGGUACCGGCGAUUAUGACAAGAACCCCUAUCUGGUUCGCAAACAGAGCAGUCGCAAGGAUGCCGCCAACAAGGAGAACACAGAGCCCGACACCGCAUCUGUUUCCCGUCGCGACAGCUUGCGUAAGGCCCACAGCACCACGGCCGAUUGCAGCUCCUUGAAGCAAAAGCCAACGGAGGCAUCAAUUGCCGACAUUUAUACAGCCCAGCUGAAUCUGGCGAUGCGAGCCAGCGGCAAUGGUGCGGCCAUGGGCUCUUCGUUUCUCAACAACAACAAUAAUGCACAGAAUGGCGGAACAAACGCUGCGCCGCCCGAUCUUGAGGCCAAGUGCUACAUCGAGAACGGCCGCAUCAACUUUGGGAAGCUCAUCACAGACGAAAUCCUGUCCGCCGACUACAAGCUGGUGGAAAAGGCCAAACUAACGACCAACAUUGCAGGCACCACAGCCUUGAUAGCCAUUGUUCAUGGCACCAAACUUAUUGUCGCCAAUGUGGGUGACUCCCGGGGCGUCAUGUACGACUCGCGUGGCAUCGCCAUACCGCUGUCCUUUGACCACAAGCCCCAGCAGGUGCGUGAACGAAAGCGGAUUCACGAUGCCGGUGGGUUUAUUGCUUUCCGUGGGGUUUGGCGUGUGGCUGGAGUACUUGCCACAUCGCGUGCAAUGGGCGAUUAUCCGCUGAAAGAUAAGAACCUUGUGAUUGCCACGCCUGAUAUACUGACCUUUGAGUUAAACGAUCACAAGCCACACUUUUUGAUACUUGCCUCUGAUGGGCUCUGGGAUAUAUUCAGUAAUGAGGAGGCCUGCAUCUUUAUCCAGGAGCACCUUAAGGACUCAGAUUAUGGGGCCAAAGCCCUCACAAUGGAGUCGUACAAGCGCGGCUCCGUGGACAACAUAACCGUGGUGGUGAUUGUCUUCAGGAAUGCUGUCUACACAAUUGGCGGAACAUUGGCGGGCAAGGUUGCAGACGCUCCUGCUGCUGCUCAACCGAUGGCCAAAUCCCCGCCCGUCGCUGCGGUGCAACGCUCGAAUUCAAUCAAAACCAAAUGAGGACUACGCCUCAGAGUGCCUGCUAAGAGUUAUAGGAAUCUUUAGCUUUCCCCCAUCCUUGCCCUGCGCUGUACUCCCCCCGUCCCUUCAUCCACAAUAUCUAGUUAGGCAAGAUGUAAAAUUCUUUGUUAAAUGUUAUAUGUACCCAAAGGCAGCAUCACAUACACCAUACAUAAGCAUCACACACACCAUCCAAAUCAUGUACAUGCUCACAAAAGGAAAACUUCCUUUAGGAAUCCCAUUUAUUGUUGUCCCAUUAGUCAAAUAUUGUUUUCGCAUCUUUCCCCCCACCACCACAUUGCCCAUAUACUUUGUUCCCAACCAGACGCACACACGAUACACCGCACGCAUCUUCUGACGUAAUUAUUUAUUUAAAUUAUUUGUUAUACGAUAAUUGUAAAACUGGAAACAUUUUCUAAAAUGUGUUUACAAUAAAGAAAGCACUAGAGAAUGCA